UUUUUUUUUUCACACAUCCUGCAACACUCGAUCCAUCCCAUCUAACCAUCUGAUACACCAAAAUGGUUGAUUUCCAGUUCCACUCCUUCGCCACCAGUUCAAACUCAUUAGUUGCUGGCAAGCUUCUCACUGUCGCUUCUGUUGGUAUCUUCGCCGGCACCGCCCUCUCCUUCAGCUCCAUCAUCAUUCCCUCGUUCCGCAAGUUCUCUUCUGCCAGCUCGCUCGCCAUCUGGCAUGAGUCCAUCAAGUCCGCACAGAUCUUGCAAACGGCUUCGAAUGCCGUUGGUGUUAUCGGAGGUAUCGGAUUGUACUACGAGACAGAAAACCCUUUUUAUUUGUACAGCGCUAUCACUUUGGCCACUGUUGUUCCUCUUAGUCUUUUCCUUAAUUAUCGCGUCAACAAGAAGCUGAUUGAAAUCCGUCAGGAUAACACAGUCGACGGCAAGGCCGACAGCAUGAGGGACAACAAGUUCAAUGAUGCCGAGAUCGAGAUGUUAUUGCGUCGCUGGAACCUCCUCAACAUCGGACGUACUGUUCUGGGCUAUGGCGCUCUUCUCGCUGCUCUCUACGGUGUUGCUUCUGACAGCGGAGUCAGGUUCAUCUUUAGCGCAUAAGAUAGUCACACCUUAUAAAAGCAAAAAAAGAAUAAACCUUUAUGAAACGUA